CAUACUGGGUUGAAGCCUGAAGGGUUCUGGGUGAUCAUGGUCAGUCAAGAAGUCAGUAUAUUUUACCAUUGGGCUGAUGUGGCUGAAUGCACCCACUUUGUUAGCGGUAAUGUUCAGAAGUGGUACCCUUCAUUCCAGGAGGCGCUUGAAGUAUAUACUGUCCAAUACCAUGCAGGCAAAGUGCGAGCA